CCCAUCAGGGGUCCAUUCGCGUCGUGUUGCUCCGUCGGUCGUGUGUCCCCCAAAGGCUCCAAGCUCCGUCGUUCCUCUCCUCCUCCGCCGCCGCCGCCGCCGAAGCCGACGAGCAGUAGCCGGUAGGCAUGACGAGGCUCGCGGCAGCCGCGCUCCGGAGGGCCACCGCCGCAUCUGGGAUCCCCUCGUCCUCCUCGCGCUCGUCCGUGCUUGCUCCGUUCGCGCCUCGCCUCUUCUCCACCGAGGCGUCCGGAGAAACCCCCGCGGCGGGCGCCGCCGCCCAGGGGUCGCAGGACGAGCCUUUCUUCAAGCCUUCUGACGAAGGUGUGGCAUAUGGAAGGUUCUACAGUGUUAUUCCUGGAGGCAGCCGUCUCCCUAAGAGCAUGCUCAAAACUGAUAUUAUCCACCACCUUGAUAAAUCUGAACUGUCACUGGACGAUGUGAAGAUUGAUUAUAACAGGGGAUAUUAUCCAGUGGGCGCGUUGUUGAGGUUUUCUUCAGUGCCAUUAUUUAACACAGCAGUCAGGCAAACACGAGAAGGUCGUCAGUACAGGCUUGAGAUGAUCAGUCGUGAGGAGUUUGAUCUGAAGCAGUCUUAUGAUGGAAAAGCUAUACUAUUGCAAGGAGUCCCUCGAAAUGCUGUACCAGAGGACAUAGAACGAUUCCUGUGUGGCACCAAUGUUGAACCUCCGCCAUUUGAAAGCUUUCUCAGACCUGGUGUCCCAGAUCCUAUCAGAGUGGUGCUGGUUAAAUUCCGCUCAAGGACUGAUGCCGCCAAUGCUUUCAUUACUAAGAACCGGGGUUUCUGCCUGAACAACCCUGUGAGCAUGCGUGUUCUUCAAUAGCCCGUCCAUUUUUAUCGUGCUUAUGGCAAUCAGCUCCAAAAUGAACCCUCUCAGCCUUUGGAUCUGAACUCCUAUCUGCAAAUGUGGUAGAAAGUUUGACUUUGUACGUUUGCACUCUACUGUCAGUCGCUUUUAUGUUAUUUUGUUUGUGCUUUUAGUUGUGCUACUUCAUUUCUCUAAUUUCAUGUGUAAACUGGAAGUUGCUGUUGCCCCCAGUUUACAACAGAAACAUCAGAAGGAAUUAUCCGUAAUAAAUGUUCAAAAUUGCACAUUUCUUUUCCA